AGAAGAUUCGGUUCUCUGAGCGUUCGGUUGGUCAGCGUGUGUGGAGUCGGUGUGUGUGUGUGUGUUUGUGUGUGUUGAGUGUGUGUGUGAUCGGAGUCUCCGGUUGGUCAGUGCUGUACAGCGGCAGCAGAUCUCCAUCAAUGCGGUGGCGGAUCCCGCUGAAUGCGCCCGGGGAAGCGCGCUGAUCGGCGGCUCUGCUGAUCUGACCUCUGACACCAUGACAGCGGAGUUUAAUAACCUGACGUCGCUCAUCAGUAACGCGACCGACUCGCCCAACCAAACCUCAGGAUGUUCGCUCACAAAAACCGGCUUCCAGUUCUACUACCUGCCCACGGUCUACAUCCUGGUGUUCCUGACCGGCUUCAUCGGCAACAGUCUGGCCAUAUGGAUGUUCGUCUGCCACAUGAGACCCUGGAGCAGCAUCUCCGUCUACAUGUUCAAUCUGGCGCUGGCCGACUUCUGUUACGUGCUCUCGCUGCCCUUCCUCAUCUACUACUACUUCAACAAGACCGACUGGAUCUUCGGGGACGUCCUGUGCAGGCUGCAGAGAUUCAUCUUCCAUGUUAAUCUCUACGGGAGCAUCUUGUUUCUAACAUGCAUCAGCGUGCACCGAUAUUCCGGCGUCGUGCAUCCGCUGAAAUCGUUGGGACGGCUGAAAAAGAAGAACGCGGUGCGCACUGUCGCCCUCGUGUGGUUCAUCGUGGUAGCAGGAAUUGCGCCGAUUCUCUACUACUCCCGUACGAGUCGUAAAAAAGAACACACCACAUGCUACGACACCACGAGUCAAGACGAGCUGCCUGGAUAUUUCAUUUACAGCAUGUGCUUGACGGUGUUCGGCUUCUGCAUCCCCUUCAUCAUCAUCCUCAGCUGUUACGGAGGAAUCGUCAAGGCUUUAAUAUGUAAUGAUAUGGACAAUGCUCCGCUUAGGAAGAAGUCCAUCUAUCUGGUGAUCAUCGUGCUGACCGUAUUCGCCGUCUCCUAUCUGCCGUUCCACGUCAUGAAGAACCUGAACAUGAGAGCGCGGCUGUACUUCCAGAGUCCCGAUAUGUGUGCAUUUAAUGACCGCGUCUACGCCACAUAUCAGGUGACCCGCGGCCUGGCCAGCCUCAACAGCUGUGUCGACCCAAUACUGUACUUUCUGGCCGGCGAUACAUUUCGGAGGAGACUUUCCAGAGCCACCAAGAAGUCCUCCAGGAAAGGAGAUCAUCCUCUGCAGUCUAAGAGUGAGGAGACGGCGCUCAACAGCCUGCCGGAGUCAGUGCAGAACGGUGAAAACCGCAUGUGAGAGAACUCGAGCGCCACGCAGCAUGACUUCUUCAUUCACACCCAUGCGUUAGAGAUGGCUAAGAUAGAAUCACACUAUCAGAUUCAGUGGUUUCUCAUGGGCACGUCUCAGCGAGGGGCACUUCACCUAAAACACCCAACAGCAUCUGGCUGCAGCUUUAUGAUGCAAGCUGAGACUGCAUAUCUCAGCGAUGCAAUGUCAGACGCAAUGCACUGAGUGAAGAUAGUGACGUCACUGUUAGGGGUGUUAGGGGUUAGGUUAAAAAGCAUUGCAUGCAGCUCAGAUUGCAUCUGCACCAGCUCUGCAUCCAGACCCCUCUCACAAUAUUAGGUAUUUUCCAUAAUACUGUAGCAAAAACAAAGUUAAUCCCAAUUCACAUUCUUAUACUACACCCUAAAGCUAUGUCUUAUUUUGUGAAGGAAAAAUAUCUGCUUUUGAGCGUGUGACAGAAGCUUUGGGACACACUUCUUCCUCAUCACCAGAUCCAUAUGUUGCUUAGUCAAUCCACACACCAUCCACAUUUCUGUCAUGUUUAAUGUCCUGCCUUAUUGGAGAAGCAGCAGCAGGGUAAUCUCCCGCUCACCAGUCUGUCAUGCAGAGAAGUCUCCUCAGGUGUUGGAGAAUUCUGCAUUCAGUUGUUAAUGUCCAAACACGUCUAUACAGUAGCUCAGCAUUGUGGUUGCAGAUGAAAUACAACCCAGAAAACACUAGAUCUCUACUUGACGGUGGAUCUCACGUGUCCAUCACGUUUGUAGUUUAUUUACACUUUUCACCUGCGUUUGUAGUUCUAAACGAAUUCACGUCCAAUGCGCAGUGCACUGUGGGUAAUAUGGACGCUUCUACACUUCACAUUUUUACACCUUUGGCAUACUCUUUAACAUACUACGAUUUGGGACGUACUCAUUCUAUUGUUGAAUACUAUUUAAGAUGGAUAGUAUGUGAGUCAGGAUGCAGCAGCCGUUUGUUUCUCAGAAUACAGCGGUUCCUCGUUAAUCGUAGGAGUUACGGUCCAGUCUGCAAUAAAAUCCGCAAAGUAGUCCCGGUUUAUUUUUUACACUUAUUAUAGAUGUUUUAGGGCGAUGCAGGGGCGCAGUAGGUUGUGCUGUCGCCUCACAGCAAGAAGAUCGCUGGUUUGAGCCUGGGCUGGGUCAGUUGGCAUUUCUGUGUAGAGUUUGCAUGUUCUCCCUGCAUGUUUUCUCCGGGUGCUCCAGUUUCCCCCUACAGUCCAAACACAUGCAACACAGGUGAAUUUGGCUAGGCUAAGAUGCCCGUAGUGUGUGUGAAUGAGCGUUUAUGGAUGUUUCCCAGAGAUGGUUUGCAUCUGGAAGGGCAUCCGCUGCAUGAAGUGUGCUGGAUAAGUUGCCGAUUCAUUCCGCUGUGGCGACCCCUGAUUAAUAAAGUCGAAAAGAAAAUACUUUCACGAUUUUUUCACAUAGGCAUUAACAUUUUCACACUGUUCUCCCUCGUUUAAACUCUCGAGUAACUUCUACCUUCCUUUAUCAUGUCCAGAAGUCCAAGUUUUUGUGCGAUGGUUAGCAUCUUCUUGACUUUGGGUGCAACCGUGGGUGCUUUUGAUGGUGCAGAAUGUUUCAUGGCAUUAUGUUGUGUGUUAAUUUCCAAACAAUCAGGAUCACACUUCAGAGUCAGUGUGGAUGAGCCCUGAGGAGGAUGUGUUCCCAAAAAAUGUCCAUUUUGAAUGCAAUAGACUUCAGGUUUCUGAUUCAAAGUAUCAUGCAGUGUGACCCUCCAGUGUGUUUACAUGACCAAGGGUUCCACAAUGAGUUUUGGAUUGAUCUUUAUAAACUAAACCCAGAGAUUUGGAUUUGGAUGGCAAUUAAAUCAGCACACAACCUCAGUAGUUUAGUAAUGUAGCUGGGAUUUUCAUGCAUGUUGUGAGGAAUAACGACUGUAAAAUCACCCACUACCCCCUGCAAAUGGUGAAAAUCCCCCACGUCCCUGUGAGAAACCAUUACCAUCCGAAUAGUUCUGUAGAGUGUUGUAAAUCGCGGUACUGUACUCUGGUCAGUGUUACUCCUGUAGAGCUCUGCAAGUGUUUCUCCCGUUUUAACAAAUGUCUUGAUCAAAGAGUCGAACACCAUGAAGCAAAUCAACCUAUAUGAGGAGAAUAACACUAGAAAUGUAGAUCUGAAGCACAUGUAGAUGAAAACCAGACGAUAGAUCAAAGAUACAGACAGUGAGCUGAACCACUUUAAUGAGGGACUACAAUCCCAUGAUGCACUGCCAAUGACACAAUCACGCUAAAACAGUGGAGAGAGACAUAACAAGUCAUUUAAACUUGUUAGUUUAAUCUUUGGGGAAUAACACACACACACACACACACACACACACACACUUUACUUAGCUAUUUAAAUGGAGAUAAUGCAUAGACUUCUGUUGUGUUCAUUCAGAGAUUUCACAUGUGUGACUGCAUAUAUAUGCAGAUAUUUCAGUAUUUUGAAAGUGUUGUUAAACUUGAUAAUAUCCUUGGCUGUGCUUCAUGAGAUCUGUACAAUCUAUUUAGUUGCUGCAGCUCUCUGAUUGGUGGAAUUCUCUGUACGGCAUUAUGGGUAAUGUAGUUUUUUACACUCUAAACAAAUCCUGGGUUACCAUAACCUAUUGGUGGGUCAAAUAUAUAGGUAAAUAUUUCCAAUUAAAUUGAAAUUUUACACUUUUUAACCCAUUGUAUUGGUUUGAAUUUGACCCAAUGUUGGGUUACAACCACCAGGCAUGUUUUUAGAGUGUUGUAAAACAAAUAAGUGUGAUUAGAUUCAGUGUUCAGCAUAAGCAAUCACCAACAGCCUCAGCGCUGCAUCGGGUCCGUCUGUAGAGGAUUAUAUCAUUGUUAAAAAUUAAUUUCCCUACAGAGAGACGAAUGGAGUCUUGCCGUCUGGGACUGGACUGUUGCGCACUGCUGCUUUCACAGUUUUACUCUAAUGUGAUUUCCACGAAUAGACUGCAGAGCCGCCGAAUGAACAAUCGCUAACAAUGAUUUAACAGUCAUUAAUGUCACAGAUAACACGAGCACUGGCGUUCCACUGUACGGCACAUGUUCUGUCAUGAUCUCAGAACAGUUCAGAUGCACUAAACAUGUGGGAAAGGAUUGAUUGUACACUUGAUGUGUGUGUGUGUGUGUGUGUGUGUGUGUGUGUGUGUGUGUUGAUAUGUAUUCUACUGUUACUGUAUAGAUGUGUAGAUAUCAGCCCAUGACUUAUGAAGGGACUCUUAUAGCCAAGUAGUGGACAAAUACUGUAUGUUUAUAAUGUAUUUCUCUGUAAUGAUCUGUCCUAUUUAAAGCUAAAACAAAUACACACGUCUAAAUAAAAAUCAUGUUUACGGAGUCUUCA